UGACGUGACAAGACGCGCUUCGCUCUGCAGCAAUACCCCUCUCGAACUUCGGAAGAAAACUAGAUCACAUGUUUGCUCUCAUUUCGAGGAAGUAUAGUUCCCAGCAACGGAGGCGCCCAAAUCUCUUUUUUUUUACACUGAGCAAAAACGAAACGUAAAAUACUCGAUAAACAACGUAGGCUACUAACAGCGGGCAGUGUUUAAUUGAGGGGUCGUGCGGCCUACCAAAAUGUGUCGUCGAAUUCAAACGUAUUUUUCAUAAUUAGUAUUUUUUUUUAAGACAACCGAUACGUCUGAUUAUUCAUUUUGGAUAAUAAGAAGAAAGACACCGUCUCAUUUUGAGACAGGUUUGGAGUUUUACUUCUAAAAAAAGAAAAUGUAAUGUAGGCCUACCAGAAUGGACAGAGGUCAAUUUUAAAAAAAAACUAGCUUGUCGUACGAGCAACAUGAUUAAUUAAAUCAAAAUGAAAAUUUGACAGAUGGGGAUUAUCUGUAUAUGUGACGCGGGGUAUUGAACUGCUAUCCGGGGCUUGAGUGGUCAAGGUAGAGUUGGAAUAGUACUGUGACCUUCGUAUUUUUUUUAUUUUUUAUGUCAGCGUGAAAAUAUAGACUUCACAACGUUUGAGAUUAAGGUGCUGCUUUUCAACCACUGUAAGAGGAAAUACCGCCCCCAGCGGACACAUUUUUGUCUUGGAUCCUUCGACCUUGCCUUGUUGAGGCUGAAGUGCCUUGAUCAGCUACAUCCUCCCUCCUUCCAGUCUCUCUCCCUCCUCCUUCCCUCCUUCCCAGCCUGCCAGCCUCCUAGCUUCUCUGCCUCCCUCUCAGCCUCCUAGCCUCUCUCCAUCCUCCUUCCCUCCCUCCCAGCCUGCCAGCCUCCUAGCUUCUCUGCCUCCCUCCCAGCCUCCUAGCCUCUCUCCCUCCUCCUUCCCUCCCUCCCAGCCUGCCAGCCUCCUAGCCUCUCUGCCUCCCUCCCAGCCUCCUAGCUUCUCUCCCUCCUACCUCCCUCCCUCCGAGCCUCCCAGCCUCCUAGCCUCUCUCCCUUCCUCCCAGCCUCCUCCCUCCCAGCUUCCACGAUGUUUGGCUGUUUCUCCAUUCACCUCUGCCUGUGGUUUUGGAUUAUGCUUGUAGCUGAGGCAGCUCCUGGGCAGAUUUUUCCAUAUGUUCCAGAACAUGGUUAUUGUAGAGAUUCAACAACAGAAUAUCUCUCUGAUGGAGUGUGCUGCCGGAGGUGCGCGCCAGGUCAAUUUGCAAUUCACAAAUGCACAGCCACGUCCGAUACUCAUUGCAGCAGUUGUCCAGAAAACACUUUCACUGAACUCUAUAACUAUGCAUCCAACUGCAGGCUGUGCAGACCUUGUGAAGCUGGUCUGGUUGAGUUGUCCCCUUGCACCAAGACCAAGGGGAGCGUCUGUGUUUGUCCUGAAAACAGCAUCUGUUUGGGAGUGCCGCCCUGGGAAUGCGAGUCCUGUGAAGAUCACGAACCAUGCCAGCCUGGCACCUACACAUCACAAAAAGGUGAUUUGGAGCAGCACCCCAAGUGUUCCCCCUGCCCUACUGGCUUCUUCAAUGACCGCCCAUCUGUCACAGCGCACUGCUUCCAGCACAGCAACUGUACAGAAUUGGAGAUGGUGCUUGCAAAACCCGGGACGUCCGAAUCAAACGCUGUGUGCAAGGACCCCAUGGUUGACAAGGAUACCGGUUGGCUGGGGUCCGUGAUUCUCCUGGCUGUCGUUGCCAUGCUGGUCAUUAUUGCAGCCAUCGCUGGCACCCUCUGCUAUCUGAUAAGGAAACAGCAGCACAGUGAUAAAGACCACACCCCAGGCUCAGGCAAGGACUCCGAGCAGUCCAGUUUACUGUCUCCAAGUGGAAGCGUAAUCUCCUCGAACUCCAGCAUCCCACAGUUCCCUGCUCCAUCCGCAGGCUCACCCCCUCCCCCCAUCGCUGUGCCUCAUUCGCUGACUGCUCUGCAGGGGGCGGAGCAUGAAACACACAACAGGGCUUUCAUUGGUCUACAGGGUGGCAGGGAGGCAGGUCAACAGCAGAGGCUGUGUCGGCUUCCCUUCACUGGAGAGAUGAAGGUCAAUGGAAAUGUCUACAUUUACAACGGUCCUGUCGUGAACCAGGCUUCUCCCAGCUCAGACCAGCGCAGGGACCCCAGCCCCCCUCCCAGCUCAGACCAGCGCAGGGACCCCAGCCCCCCUCCCAGCCCCUCUCCUGAAAUCUCCCAGUUCAGGCUGCCAGUGCAGGAGGAGCGGUCUGCCGUACCAGUGCAGGAGCAGCAGGGGGCUCCACUGCAGGAGUCGGGGAAGGAGUUUCACAUCACCAUAGAGGAGACGAACUCGUACUGAGACUGAGAUCUCUGAGAUGUCCUUUGCCCGGAUUGCUGUGUUCAUGGGUCUGUGUAGCUGGAUCAGUGCAGCCGCUGUGCUGAGGGACAAAUCCGCUGUCACCAAGAUCCCUCAUCUUCCCAGUGCUUGUUGCUGAGUAGUUGCACACACUGCUCUUAUAGGUCUGGGAGCGAAUCGGAGUGACGCAUUGCCUGACCACAUAAAGUAGCACGCAGUUAAUUUAACACUCUCCUUUUUUUUGGCCAGUUUGUUGAACAUGUUUGAAGCAUUAUUGAUCUCUAACAACAACAAAAAAAAACUCCUUUUGAGAAACUCACACACUAGCCCUGCGGCAUCCAGACCUGAUUUUCAGAUCAGAACUUUCAUCUAGCGAGUCUGAAAGAUUCAAAAUCAGGUUCCUUCAUUUCCAUCGGCAACAGAUCUGAGAUCAAACCAAUUUCAGUUGGGAUUGUCUGUGUGUGUAUGUAUUUCUGUCUGUCAGCCCCAGUGAGGAUUUGCAGGCUGGCAGAUGUUGAUCUCUCCACACUGAUGGUGGAAGUUUCCUAACGAGCACUCCGUGUGAAGGACGCUAGAGUGGUGGGGCUUAAAUCCUGGACUAAAGAAAAAAAAAAAAAAAGGCUGAACAUGAAGGUUGUGAAUAUAUGAUACUGUUGAAGAAAUAUUGGAGGCAUAUGAAUGAAUGCAUAAAUUGCAAUUCUACAGAAACAAGAUCCAUACCGGAUGGAAAUAAGACUCCCAUUGCAUAGCUGUUUGAUCCAUUCCUGGUUUUACUAUGAGUUUAUUAAGACACACCUCAGCUUAUUACCUCUACAGUGGGGCGAAUCAAGCUCAGAGUAAAACCUGCAAUGUGUGAAACUGCUCUGCAGUAGGAGUCUUAUUUCCAUCCCAGGAUUUCUGUAUAGUGUCUCCAGUUGCAGACUGCAGAAGGAACCAGCGGUAGGCAGCUCCAUUUCGAUACUGGGAACGAGAGGAGAUUAAGUUUUACAGACUGGUGUUUUUGAUUAUCUCUUAAAUAUAAGCCCCCUUCAGAGGUUCAGUUUUAUAAUCCAGCAUUAUUGUACUCUAUGCAAGGCUGUAAAACUACAUCCAAUGCAGUAAAUGUUUGAACACAAGACACAAGGCUUGACUUAGUAUUUAUAGUCAUCUACUUGUGUAUUUAUUUCAAAUUUCGCAUUGGUUUUCACACAAGGUAUUCAAUUACAGUGGUGUACAUAAUGCAUCAAGAUGUCAGAAAAAGUUUUUCAGGAAAUAAACGACAAGGAAACACAAGAUCUCCGGUUCAACGCUAAGUAAAAUAGAACUAUGUUUAGAAUGUGCAUUUCCCUUUACUGUAUAAACCUUCAAAGCCUUAAUUGUCUGUGUGUAUACACAUGUAUAAGUAUAUUGAAAAGAUGUGAAUGCAUUUGGAAGUACAGGUAAAUAACCUGCACUGUAGUGACACUGUAUUUGCUCUGCUUGUAAAUUAUUCAUUAUACAGCUAUGGCCAAAGGUUUUGCAGCACCCUAUAAAAUGAAGUAAUUUUGCUUCAUAAAGUCGAAAGAAAACUUCUGAAUAAUAUUGCAUACCAUUGCAUACUGGUUUGUAGUUUUCCAUAUACAGGGUGAUUAGAAAGUACGUUUACCACAUCAAUGAUAUGGCGUUUUGAAUCACUUUCUAAUCACCCUGUCCUUAAUGAAAAACUGACAAAAAUGUAAUCAUGUGAGAUGUCUAACAUGAAAUACUGUACUACUAUUGUGGCUUCUGGUAGACUUUUGCAACAUCAUUUUGUAGUUUCUUAGAUUAUGUGAAAUUAAAUGAAAGAUCUAAAUUAUGUUCAUAUAAUUUUUAAUUUAAUGAUGUCUUAAUCCUAAAAUUCUAGGUGAUGCAAAACGUUUGCCAUAGCUGUAUGUACUUACAGCAAAAACAGUAUGAUGAAGAAAAUGACUUUGUUGAAUACAGUGCUUGUUGUGUACAAGGAUCCAUCUUCAUACCUAGAGCAACCAUGACCAGUCAAUGUGACUGGUGUAUUAAAAACAACAUAAAUAUUAUAAUGAAGGACAAACAAUUGAAUAUAUGUUGUAGUUUUAUUCAGGAACGUCAUCUAAAGCAUCUACACAACCGAAACAUUGUAAACAAACAGACAUUUGAACAGAAAUGUGUUUAUAUACAGACAUUACAUAACACGCAACCUCAAAAAAUGGUAAAAAAAUGAAAUAAAUAUUUGAAAAUAAAUGUGUAUAUACACAGAUAUAUGUUGUACAUACAAAACUACAACUGUAAAAAUGUUUUUAAAUAAAUGGGUUUAUACUGCCUACAUAACAAAGCGCACUUAUGCAACCGAACCUAUGUGUUUGUACACAGACAUACCAUAAAUGACAUGAAUAAAUAAACAUUUGAACAGAA